AUGGAAAUCGCGCGCGUUCCAGCGUCGCGAUUCCGCCACACGACCGUUCACACCCCACGGCGCUUCCCUCACGCGGCGUGGUGUCGUCGCACGAGCCGACGCGAGCACGGCGCACGCGAUGUCCGCGCCGCAGACGACGCUCGCGCGAAUUCGCGCGGCCACCCCCCCUCCCCCGCGUUCCACGCGGGCCCAGGGAAGGACGGCGUCGAAUCUCGCGCGGAAUCGCCCGCGCGUUCGCUCGCGCCUCUCCCGCGCGCCCACGUCGCGCCGCGAUCGCUUCGUCCCUUCGCGCGCGUCGUCGGCCGCCGGCGGCGACGACGAGGCCGCCGACGCCGACGCCGAAAACGCGCCCGCGGCGACGGCGUCGAAGGACGAAGACCAGCCCGCGCCGUCGUGGUGGAACCCCGCGGGGAGGAUCGGGCACGAGUGGAACGCGCACGUGCACAGGGACGAACGCACGGAGUACGGCUACCUCGAGCACGUGUCCGACCCGGUCGUGUUGUUCGAAAAAGAGAGCAAGCUCAACGGCGUCGUGAGGGUCGUCUCCCACGGGCCGUGGCGGUCGCUGCGUUUCAACCAGAUCGAGCAAGGGUUGACGUUCACGUUCGAGAACGGCGACGGCGCCGCCUUCGGCAAAUCCGACGGCGACGCGGACGACGACGUGCUGGGCUACCUGUACCUGCGGUGCAUGACGUGCGUCGCCGCGGUCAUGCUGCGGAUGGACGGCGCGAACUGUUUGCUCGACGGGUCCCGGGCGAGCGCGCCGCGGGUGAUUUUCGUCGGGCUGGGCAGCGGCGCGAUGCCGGCGUUUUUCGCGAGAAAGUUCCCGCGCGUCGCCGUGGAGGUGCGUUCUAUACACUGGUCCCCAUACGACCGCGUUGGCGAGGUGAACGCCGAUCCUUAAGGACUUUUGCCUUCGUCUCUCUCCGCCCAUCCCUCGCUUUCAAUCCCCGUCCUCGACGCCUUUCAACGCCAACUGAUGCCUAUGAACUCCACCCGGACGUCGUCGUCGUGGAGGUGGUCGAGAUCGACCCCGUCGUGUUAGAGGCCGUUCGCGAGCAUCACGGUCUGGACGUGAAACGACGCGGCGCCGCGAUGGGCGCGUCGAAGCUGUGGGGCGGCGACGCCGGGACCGGGCCGGGCCUGGGCGUCGUCGUGGGAGACGCGGAGGCGUUCAUGCGAGACGCCGCCGCCGCGGUGGAGGCCGGGGCCGCGCCGCCGGCGUCGGCCAUCUUCCUCGACGCGUUCGACGGCUUCGGGGACGUCCCGGCGCACUUACUCACCCCGGAGUUCUUAACGUAUUGCGACAGAGCGUUAGCACCCGGCGGCGUCGUCGUCGCGAACAUGUUCAACGGCGUCGUCGGGUCGGACGUGCGAACGGGCGUCGGGAAGUUCGCGGCGGAGCUGACGAAGAAGAUCGGACCGACGACGUCGUGGCUCGUGGAGACGCCGUGUAACGUCGUCCUCGCCGCGAGGAAGCGCCCGGCGGGGGUGGACGCGAAGACGGAAAUUCGGUUCACGCGGAAAGAGAUCAAGGCGUCGGCGAAGGAGAUCACGAAGAUGAGACUGUUCGAUUGGAGCGAGAGCGUCGGGCAUCACGUCCAGAGGGCGUUUUGGGUGGAGACGGACGGCGGGACCGGGUUUCGCGAGGUCCCCGCGGGUCUGUCCCUGAACCCGCUGUCGAAGUUCGUGGAGAGGAUGGGGACGGUGAUGCCGCCGGAGUGGGACGAGGAUAACAACCCGGGGUACCAGCCGGACGUUCCGCGGCGGCCGACGCCGAUGGAUCAACGCGGCGACGCGGCGGCUAAGGUUGGCGUUGGCGGACGAGAGAAGG